AUGGGUGAUUCUGGCAAGGAGUCAGAAGAUGACAAAAGCAGACAAGAUGACCCUGAUCCCAAGAUAUGUCCUCAUAAAACUUUGAACAUUCGGUCGUCAGGAAACUCAUCAGAUAUCAAGGAUUUACUAACUUCAUGUGAUCAUCUGUCAGACGCUUCCCUGAGGGAGCUACUCACAUCCUAUCCGUCCAAGAAAGACCCUCGGACUUCGACUGAUGAUUUGAAUGCUGAUCCCAUCAUACAGACUUCUUAUAUUAAAGACUAUGAAACCCAAUCAGAUUGCUCUGUGGAAGAGCUAUCAUCAUCUGGUUCAGAAACCACAGUAUGCGAACCAUUCGCACCAUGUGAUGAUUUCCUGGUGGAGCUCCUAAAACCAACUGUGUCUGCAAGCAAAGAUCUUCCUUCAAUUGACCUACAUGUAUGUUGCCAUGAAUCUGACAGACGAAAUGAGCCAAUUUCUGAAGAGAGUGGCAAACUACCUCAUUUCGUGUGCAAAGAGCAGCAUCCUCAACCUGAUACUUUCACCAAGGAAGCAACUGAUGAUGAACUCCUUAAGCAGCAUCAGACAUCACCGGGAAGCUGCAAGAAGUCACAGACUGAAACCUGUGUUAUCAUGGCAGUCAAACACAGUCCAGUGGUUUCAUUCGUCUCAAGAAAAAACUGCAUCAGUGAAAGACAUGGAAAGAAACAGAUGGGAGAAUCCGUAUCAUCCUGUCAUGGGCCGUCCUUGAAGUCCAAGACAGAUUUGAUCUCUGGACAAAUUCCUCCUCUCUCCGAACUGCUCCUCAUGAAAUCUGGUGAUGUAGAGCUUAACCCAGGCCCUCGUGAAGCAGCUGGAUGGAGCUUAGAGUUAGAGAGAGAGUUGCUGUCAUUGGUAAAAGAUGUUUCUCCGGUACACUACUACGACUUGUGCAAUGCUCUAGAUGUCUCUCACGCACAAAGUCAAGUGAUUUUAACAAAAAACCUCUUAGAUGUGUCCAAAUCACUGUUUGAAGUCAUCUGCAGCUGGGGAAUCAAGCAGAGGGAUGGCACUAAUUACAAGAGACUUCUCGCUGAAAAACUCAGGAGUGUACAUUUAGAUGCAUUGGGAACAAAACUAGAAGAAGGUGGAUACUCGACACAAGACACCCCAACUCAGUAUCCAAUACUGGAUACUUCCCAACCAUUCAUGACUGAGGCACAGGUUCUCCAGUGUGGGGAAGACUUGAAGACUUUCUAUCGCGAACAAAUGUGCAAAAUCAAGCCUGACCCGCUUGAUUUCAAUAUCAUCGUUGAAUUCGAGCAAAUUUACACGAACUUAACGCUGCUCAGGAACAAAAUGGGAACAAUUGGAACCAAAACGCCACUGGAUUACACUGAUCUGCUUACUACAAAAGUUAACGGGGUGCUUCCUAAACGUCUGCUGGUUGAAGGUGAAGGUGGUGUUGGUAAAACGACCUUCUGUUCUAAGAUUGCAUGGGAUUGGGUCAAUGGAUCUCCAGAGUUUCAGCGCUUCAGUUGGGGUCUGGUUAUACCCCUGCGCAACGUUGUCAAGGGUCAGACGAUUGGUGAUAUUAUGAAAACCUAUCUCUCUGACAAUAAUGCAAUAAACCCUAAACAGAUCGAAAAUUAUAUGUUGUCUCAACCUACAAAGGUUCUGAUUGUACUUGAUGGACUCGAUGAGUAUGAUGGGGACCUCUCUGCCAAAGAAAGCUCAGAUAUUUCUCAGAUUCUACGAUUAGAGAAAUUCAAGCAAUGCAUAGUUCUGGUGACAACAAGACCGUGGAGGGCAGAUCAGAUCAAAUCCAAUGAAGGAUUGAGUAGGUCUUAUGCUUUCAUUGCAGUUGAAGGAUUUAGUGCUGAAAAUGUCUCGACAUACAUCAGCAAGUACUUCGUGAAUGAUGAAAAGGCAGGAUCAGAACUGAGUCAGUUUAUUGAAGUGAAUGGUGUAAUCAAGGAGAACAUGGCACCCUUCCCAAUUUACGUAGCAAUGCUAUGUAUCUUAUGGAAAAAUUGUGACAGUGAGAAACGAGAAACAAUACGCAGACUGAAGACAUUUUCUCAAUUAUUUGAACAAAUGAUCAUGUUUCUAGGAGACCAUUAUGUGUCAAAGGUUGUCAAAGUGUUACAUGAAGCCCAUCUGGACAAGGAAAAGGAAAUUAUCAAGCUUUGUUUGCAAAGCAUAGGAUCGAUUGCAUUCACAGGACUCCUGAAUAAGAAAUUAGUUUUUAAUGAGGUUGAUUUCAGCUCGUGUAAGGAAGCUAUGGAGACGUGUUGCAGAAUCGGAGUUCUAAGUCGGGAGAAUCGAAAUGUAUCCAGAUGGAAAAGAACUUUCACUGCUUCACAGCCUAUAACCACUUGUGUAUUCUUUCCUCACAAAUUAUUUCAAGAAUAUAUUGCUUCUGUUUAUCUUGCAUCUCUAUAUGACACCGAUCGCAAAAAGUACAAGAGGUCAAGGCGCAAAGUACUGAGGAAGAAUCCACAAGAAUUCCGUUACCUUUUGUAUUUCACCGCUGCCCUGGGAGAGGAGGUGGGACUUGAUAUUGUCAAUAAAAUACAACAAAAUGACUUCCCAAAUGUACAACAAAGAAGAAGAAACAAUGAUCUUAUAGUAGAUGUCAGUUUUGAAGCGAAUAACAAAGACACGGCGAAAGCAGUAGGACAAUGGAUAUUUGCAGACAGGAGAAUGCUGACUAUCGAUAAAAACAUGCCUGCUCACACAAUUUCUGGUUAUCUAUUCAUCAUGGAACAGCAUGGAAUGGAAACUUUGGUAUUCAGAAGCAGAUCAUGUGGCCCAACUGUAUCACGUGACCUAGCAGACAUCCUAUUUGCAUCAAACUCAUUAUCAAGAUUAGAGUUUUAUCGUACAUCAUUGGAUGAUGACUUCUACAAGUUAAUGCAUACACAAGUUUAUACAAUGGCGGGAGAUAAAUCCUCAAUCAAAGAGCUGGUUGUAGAUCAUCAAUUCCUAAAUGGUUUACAGAAGUUUAAUAACGGUGACAUAAAUGUCACCAUUGGAGAUCUUUUCCCGAGCUUGACACAAUUGACUUUUGCCACUUGUCAUACUGUCUCACCGGGAGAUAUUGAACGGUUGGCACAUUCCAGCCUAGCAGUGUUGUCUAUUGAGCAUGGUGAAGAAGUAGAAGGGAGAACAUUAGUUCCUCUCAUUGGAGAACCUGCUUCACUGGGACAACUUUUCUCCAAUUCAUUCCCACAACUCACCUGUCUGACCUUCCGAGGGCUGUUAAUGGGCAACAUACGCAGUGAAGCAAUACUACAUUAUCUAAAGAACCAUCUGCAUUUGAAAUCAGUAAGGUACGUUUAUCAAGGCCAUGUUUGCAGAAAUUGUCAUUAUUUCCAAUGA